AUAACAGUGUAAAAAGGUCCGUAGAAAGAAAGUAGGAAGGGCUCUAGAGAGAAAGUAGACCCCGCAAAAUUAGCCCAAUCUGAUUGUUUUUGUAGCUUCAUAAGGUUAUUUUUUCACGUAUUUAUCUAUUGAUUGUGUACUGUCGUUUGUGCGAGUCUGGUUGUUGUUAUGGUGCAACCACUAGAGCUCCAGACGAGCAACCUCUUUUGCUCCAAACUAUAUGUAUAGAGACCUCAAAUACCAAUCCCACUAGCCCUCUUUCAACUGCGCUUUCCAAAGAUUUCAUUUUCCUCUGAAUCCGAGUCUCACUUAUCUCCUCGGAAGAUCUCCAUUAAAAGGACAGGGUCUUGAUUCCCGAAGAUAGAGGGGGGUUUUAAGGGGAGGUUGUGGAUUUUAUUUGGGGGAGAUUUGCCUUACGAGUAUGAUAUAGAACUUGGCUUGUUUGUUAUACAGGGGGAAAGAUGAAUUGGGCUGUGUAGGUUCUUGUUUUUGUGUCCCUAAGUUGAGGAGCAUAAUGAAAUUUUUUAGAGAGUUUUAUGGGUUUGAAUUCGGGGGAGAGAAUGUUGUAUUGGGUUGAGUGAAGUUUUGGUUAUUUUUUCAGAGAGAGAGGCUCUUAUAAAGUGGUAGCAGAGGCUUGAUCGGGUAUGGAGGGAGAAAAUUGAAUUGGGUAGUUUGGGAGUUUUAUUGGCAAGCCCUGUAAUUGGAGAGGAUUGUCUUUUGGAGAGGGGGGGUAAGGUUAGGUUGUGUGAGAUUUGGAGAUAAAGUUUCCCAUUUGAAGGUGAGUUGUAGAGGCGAAAGAGUUCGGUUAUUGGUAGUAAAAUACAAUGGUUUGGGGUCUCCAGGAUUGAGUUAUCCAGUAAUUAUAAUCAUGGCGGUGGUGAGUUCUGUGCCGGCGCUCACACAAACGGCCGAUUCCUUAAGAGGGCUUGAUAUUGGGGUCUCCGGAUCUAUGGGAAGCAGGCGAGAGAAUGCAAGGGAAUCGGUGGCACGCAUGAUUGAGGAUAUAAUAUAUGUAGGUGUGUCAAAAGAUAUGAAGGAGAGCAAAUCAACAGUGAAAUGGACAUUGCAGAACUCGGGGGGCAAGAAGGUUUGCAUCAUUCAUGUACAUCAGCCUGCACAAAUGAUACCCAUGAUGGGAACAAAAUUUCCAGCAAGCUCAAUGAAGGAACAGGAAGUCAGGGCAUACAGGAAACUCGAGAGACAAAAUAUGCAGAAGAUCCUGGAUGACUAUCUUCUUAUCUGUCGUCAAAUGGGGGUACGGGCUGAGAAACUACAUAUUGAAAUGGAUAGCAUUGAGAAGGGAAUUGUGGAACUCAUAUCCCAGCAUGGAAUCAGGAAGCUCGUCAUGGGAGCAGCUGCAGACAAGCACUAUUCAAGGAAAAUGAGGGACCUGAAGUCUAAGAAAGCUAUCUAUGUAUGCAAACAAGCGCCUCUGUCCUGUCACAUUCAGUUUGUCUGCAAGGGGAACCUGAUCCACACAAGGGAAGCUAGUUUACAUGGAGCUGAUAUGGAGGUUGUCUCUUCAUUGCCGCAAGCAAGUUCAAACAUUGAGACUGGACAACUAAACCACUUACGAUUACGAUCGGCUCCAGCAGGGCAUAAUACACAAGGAGAUCUUACUAAUCCAGCUCAAGAUCUAUUGCGAAGAGUAUGGUCUGCUAAUAUUGAGAAAUAUGGAGCUAGCGAAAUUUUUUUUUCUUUCCCUGCUAAUACUGAAAGUUUCUCAAGUCCGCAUACCAGUGAAUUGCAUGUGUUGUCUGGAAGAAGUUCUUCGCAGGGGUCUGAUCACUCAACAAGCUCUUCUACUGACAUGACUCUGGUACCAUGUCAAGAAACUGAGGAAAGUGAGUCUGGAUUAGAUUUAAGUGCAGUUCCUCAAUCUAAAGAGGAUUUUCGCCAUUCCUCUCCUCCCAGUGUACUGGAUGGAAGCAUAGAUGAUACUUUCUAUAACUACCUUGAAAAGGCCAUGGCAGAGGCCAUAAAUGCAAAGCAAGAAGCAUUUCAAGAGACUGUCAAUCGUGGGAAAGCUGAAAAAAAUGCCAUUGAUGCCAUACGCAGGGCUAAAGCAUCAGAAAGCUUAUAUGUUGAGGAUUUGAAGCAAAGGAAAGAAAUUGAGGAAGCACUAGCAAAAGAAAAAGAAGAACUCAGAAAGAUGAAAAACCAGCAUGAAAAAGUCAUGGAGGAACUUCAGAGUGCCUUAGAUCAGAAAUCAUCACUGGAGAUGCAAAUUGCAACAUCUGAUCAGAUGGUAAAGGAGUUGGAGCAGAAGAUUAUUGCUGCAGUGGACCUCUUGCAAAAUUAUAAAAAAGAACAAGGUGAGUUGCAGACAGAGCGUGACAAUGCACUUAAAGAAGCUGAGGAGUUGAGGAAGAGACAAGGAGAGACCUCAAACCAAUGCAUGCAUCAGUUUUUCUCUGAGUUCUCUUUCUCAGAGCUUGAUGAAGCUACUCAAAACUUUGAUCCAUCCCUGCUGAUUGGAGAGGGGGGAUAUGGGACCAUUCAUAAAGGUGUACUGCGUCACACCCAAGUGGCUGUAAAAAUGCUGAACUCUCAUAGCUUGCAAGGCCCAUCAGAAUUUCAACAGGAGGUUGAUGUAUUAAGUAAGUUGAGGCAUCCCAAUAUAGUUACACUCAUUGGAGCCUGCCAAGAAGCAUGGGCCCUUAUCUAUGAGUUCCUCCCAAAUGGAAGCCUUGAAGAUCGACUCAGCUGCAAGGACAAUAGUCCCCCAUUAUCAUGGCAAGUUCGAAUACGCAUUGCUGCAGAGUUGUGCUCUGCCCUCAUCUUUCUUCAUUCCUGUGAACCAAACAGCAUAAUACAUGGCGAUUUGAAACCCGCCAAUGUUCUCCUUGAUGCUAACUUUGUUAGCAAACUAAGUGACUUUGGUAUCUGUCGGUUAUUAUCUCAUGAUCAAAGUUCAGACAUGAAUUCAACAGAGGUUUGGAGAACUGGCCCAAAGGGUACUUUUGUGUAUAUGGAUCCUGAGUUCCUUUCCACAGGAGAGCUUACUCCUAAGUCAGAUGUUUAUUCAUUUGGGAUUAUAUUACUACGGUUGUUGACUGGAAGGCCAGCCUUGGGGAUAACAAAAGAAGUGCAAUACGCAUUAGAUUCUGGAAAGUUGAAAGCCCUCUUGGAUCCUUUGGCUGGGGAUUGGCCAUUUGUACAGGCUGAACAGUUGACUUGUUUAGCAUUGAGGUGUUGUGAGAUGAACCGAAAGAACCGGCCAGACCUAUCAUCAGAUGUCUGGAGGGUACUUGAACCGAUGAGAGCUUCAUGCAGCUCAUCUUUAUUCCGAUUGGGUUCUGGAGAGCGUUGCCAACCUCCUACAUAUUUCCUUUGCCCCAUUUUCCAUGAAGUCAUGCAAGAUCCUCAUGUGGCGGCAGAUGGUUUUACAUAUGAAGCAGAAGCUUUGAGAGGAUGGCUGGACAGCGGGCGUGAUACUUCACCAAUGACAAAUCUGAAGCUUGAACACUGCAACCUUGUCCCAAACCACGCUCUUCGUUCUGCCAUACAGGAAUGGCUGCAACAACAAUGAAAUCUUUUCUUGUUUUCCUUUGGUUAUACAUAUUGUUUAUACUCCCGGAAAGAAACGUAAAAUUUUCCUACUCUUUUUUCUUGUUUAUGUUGGAUCCAAUAGUUUGCAGACACAAAAUAUCUUAAUCCUGUUGUAUAGAAUAUACAACUCCUCAUUAUAUGAUAUUUUGAUCCCUUUGUAUAUAACACAGUAAAUCUAUAUCCUUCACAUGGUAUAGCAUGCAAUUUUCAUAAUGCCAA